AUAGUUUUGACUUUUUACUGGUUAUAUUAGAAAGGAAAAAAUAUUUGAUUUGACACAGGAAUAAACAAUUAUGAGCCACUUUGCAAUCUUAUGCUUCAAACAAUCUGUAACCUUCAAUAAAUAUUGGCUGAGAAAAUGUUUGAGGCACUACUUAACAUGUCAUGCACGAGUAUACUCUACUGGCAUUAAUAACCAUCAUAAAAAUUAUAUUGCCAAAGAGGAACGCGCCGAUAGGAGGAAGGCAUUAAGGUUACAAGUGCUUCAAGAUAUUAAAAAAACUAAACGGAAAGUAGAAGAAAUUAUUGAGAAAGAAAACAUUUGGACUGUGCCAAAUUUUCUUUGUAUGGGUCGAAUCUUAACAUCACCUUACUUAAGUUACUUAAUCUUAUCACAGGAUUAUCAGGUAGCACUGUGGUUACUAGUAAUCGCAGGGUUUAGUGAUCUAGCUGAUGGAUGGAUUGCUCGUACAUGGACGUCGCAAGCUUCUAAACUUGGUAGCUUUCUAGAUCCAGUUGCAGACAAAUUACUUGUAGGUACACUCUUCUUAUCACUGGCCUGGGUACGAUUGGUUCCUAUUCCUCUGGCGUGUCUUGUUGUUGCGCGAGAUGUUGCCUUGGUUUUAGCUGCUUCUUACAUAAGAUAUCAAUCUUUACCUCCUCCGAAAACAUUAAGUAGGUAUUUCGAUCCUACGCAUGCAACGGUACAACUAGCCCCAACGUAUAUAAGUAAAAUAAAUACUGUUAUUCAGUUGUCUUUCGUUGCUGCGUCACUGGCUGCUCCUAUAUUUCAUUUUAUAAAUCAUCCAGUUUUAGAAGGUUUGUGUUAUAUAACGGCAUUAACAACAUUAACAGGAGGUCUAAGUUAUUUGACAUCAAAAAAUACGUAUAAAUUUUUAAGAAGAAAGGCUUCGACAAAAUCGUCCAAUUAAAUGUAAUAUGUAUGUAUAUUAAU